GAAGCGGUCAGAGAUGAACCAACGCUGAUGUAGAUUGAUUUCAUCUCCCUGGAAACAGUGAGGAAAAAUAUUUCAGUGGCUUUUAGGAGUUUAAUUCAUGCAGCUACGGUUGUAAUAUCUCCAUAUGAGGCUUUCAUGGCGGAUUUUUUGCAGAUAUUCCGUCUGAAUUAUGCAGAAGAUGCGCAGUUAACAGAAAUCUGAGUUUACCACCAGUUUAUAAUGAAUGAUAUUCCUGCUUCCGGUGGAAACCUGGGCUGUAAUCCUCGGAGAUUUCCGCGCACUGAUGGAUGGCGUCCUGACCGUCACCGGGGACGCCACGGUAUGUAAACUGGAUGAAUUCUGCCGCUAUGUUUGCGCCUUUUUUACCGAACUGAGUCUGGCAAGAGAGCGCCAAAAUGAGGAAAGCUGUUCUGAAAGAAGCCGCAAAGCGCUUCCCCUGGCUGGCCAACGUCACCCUGUACGGCUGCCUGUUCGCCGGCGGGGAUUUGGCGCAUCAGCUGAUUGCGCACAGAGAGCGCAUCGACUGGAAACACACCCGCAACGUGGCCAUCGUGGCCAUCACCUUCCAGGGAAACUUUAACUACUUCUGGCUGCGCGCUCUGGAGAAACGCUUCCCCGGAAAAUCCGCAGGGAUGGUUUUCCGCAAACUGCUGCUGGACCAAAGCUUUGCGUCACCUUUGGCCACCAGCGUCUUCUACACAGGUGUGAGUUUUCUGGAAGGAAGGGAAGACAUCCUUGAAGACUGGAGGGAGAAAUUCUUUAACACCUGGAGGACUGGACUCAUGUACUGGCCCUUUAUGCAGUUUCUGAACUUUGUGCUGAUGCCGCUGCACAUGCGGACCGCCUUCAUGGGCUGCUGCGCCUUCCUCUGGGCCUCCUUCCUGUGUUUCUCUCGGCAGGACGGUGACGGCACCGCCACCGUGGCCCUGGCCUUCAUCAUGGACCCCCGGAAAACUCUGGAGGAGAUGCGUGAGGCUCGGCUCGCCCGGAAGAGGCAUAAAAUUCAGAGGGAAAACUAAAUUUUUUCAUCUGUAUUUGUCUCAAAUGCAGCAACAAAUCAGGCAGGAAAUGUCUGAGAAAAGACUUCAGUUUAUUAAACGCCAAGAAGUUAUUGAAGUACCCAUUUAUGGACUGACACAGCCGCUGCAAUGUUGAGAAAUAAAAUUGUUUAUUGAGUAAAGUUGGUGUCAGGCAGCUAAAAAAAACAAAGACAAAUGGCAGUAUUAUUAUAGUACAGCCAGAAAAAUCCAUAAGUAGAUUUAAUUUAGACCAAAUGAGGGAAAAUGCUUUGAUUCAGAAAUUAUGUUUUAGUCUAAUAAUUGGACUUUACUGCUAGGGAACCAAAAGCAGAAUUUAAAAACGCAAUUAAAACUCUAAGGCUUCAUAACUUAAGUUUUUCACCAGCUGUGCCUAUGUCAGAGCUAAGCCACUGACAUAACCUGCAGUAAUCCAUCAAACAUGUGAUUGAGUUCUAAUUUGUGUCAUGGAUCACAAACUUAAUGCUUGAAAAUGUGUUUUUUAUCUGGGAAAUAUGGAGAUUGGGAGAUUAUCUGUUAAUAAUUAUUGAAUAAAGCAGUUUACAGGUCAUGAAGGAUGAAUGUGGAUUUGAAAAACUGUUGAAGAUCUAAACCAACCAGGUGUAUAAAAACCUAAAACAUAGAACAGCCAAAUAAAACAUCAAAUUCACUUACAAUAAAAGAGAUAUGUGAUAAUUAAUCUAGGUUUAUGAGUAAAUCAGCACCCCUGACCAUAUAUUCAUGCAGGACUCCCUAAACGGAGCUAAAUUGGUGCCAUAAAGUUUCGUCAAAAGACAAAAUAUUUGACACAAAGGAACAAAAAAUAAGAUUUGAAACUGAAAAAAGUUUCGAAUAAAGAAAAAUAAAAUUUGAAAGUAAAAAGAAAUUUAUAACUACUUUCCAGAUUAUUAUUUUUUUUUAGUUUCAAAUCUGCUUUUUGUCAAAAAAUUUUUAUUUUUGUUUAAAACAUUUUUUUCAAUCUUUAUUGCCCCAAUUUAGCUCCAUAUUUGUCUCAUGUUUCUGUCAUUCUUUCCUAAUUAUUUUACCGAAGGUGUUUAUUUUUAUUUUUAAUUUUUAUUUUUUCAGAUCCUCCUCAUCAUCAAAACGUGCUUUCAUCACUUACAGGUUAAUUGGUGUUUCUUAAUUGCCCUUGGGUGAGAGUGUUUGUUCUGUUUGUUAUUCAUACAUUUCUGGUUCACAACAAAUAUUAUUUAAAAGUGCUUUGCUUCCAAAACAGAAAGAUAUAGUCAAUUAAAUCCAGUGUAUUAGGGUCAUUGUAUAAAGUCAUUUAGAUGCAUUCAGUGUGUUACAACCUGUUCAGUGUUAUAAAACAAACAGUUUAUAUUGCUAUAUUUGUAGAAGGUAUAAAGAUAAUCCUAAUACCAAAUGAGACCCAAUAUCUUUAUUUAUUUAUUUUGACUUUUAGCCCAUUAAACUUCCUUUAAUUUUAUGUAACUACUUAUUUAUACACUAAACUGUGAGUUUUCACACAUAUUUCUGAUAAAAGCUGAAAACUUUGUGAACUAACUGUCCAAUUUGAAGUAAAAAAAAAAGCAAAAAGGUAAUUUACCAUUAUUUAUAAUGUAAAUUACAAAUUUAUCAGUUACAACACUGGAUUCCCUGUUAUUUCUGUAGAAAUCUGAACCUGCUACCUUAUUACUUGAACCGUCUGAUUGGUUGCCAUCAGCCCGUAUACCUCAUUGUGUUCUUACCUGAGCCACAAUCUAACACUGUUUUCUGUUGCUGAAUUCUAGCAGAAAGGAAAACAUGCAAAAAUUGGACGGGUUUUUCUUAGUUUUUUGUCUCAUUGUCUCCUUUUCAUAAUAAAGGGAAACUGUAACCAAUAAACCGGUCAAACAGCUCCAGUGUUAUGUCACGACUUCAACCACAAAGAGAUUUGAUGAAAUCGUGUCAGAGCUAAGCCACCUGGAAGCAGAUUGUCAAGACGGUGACUUGAUCCUGUGACAAGUUAAAACUGUCGACAAGCGGCUCGUUUUCCAGGACAGGCCGACUUCCCCGUCAGCUGUUCUGCUUGUGAACAUCCCAGUUAUGCAAUAACCAUGGUUACUGUUUAUGUCUUCAGAAGGUUUUACUGUCAUUGACUGACUGACUGCACAAAGUUAGAAAAUCCAAAUAAAAGUACAUAAAUAUUUAAAUAUAUACAAAUAUAUAUAUAUAGUAGAAACUCAUCUGGAAUAUUUUUUUUAAAAAAGUACAACUUAAAUAUAUUAAUAAAAUAUACAGUAAGUGUAUUAUAAUAGUAGAUAGUUACUAGUUUUUUUUAGAAAUCCAAAUUCAGAAUCACAAUUCCUGUAUUAUCAUUUUGCAAGAAAGUAUAGAUGUAGGAGCCAAUUGUUGUCACCACCAGAGGGCGUAUUGUUUUGUUCUCUGAGUGUGAGGGGGAUGGGUUAUUUAAGGUCGAUUGUAAUGGUGUUCAGGUGUUGACCAUUGGGAAGAGGACACAGUUUUUUUUACUGUGUUUGGUUUGACGGGUAGAAACGAACUUUAUGUAUGUAAAUGGAAAUUAUAAUAAAAGACUUUCAUACUAAAGAAGAGCACUACUCUGAAACUUAAUCCGAACGCACGUAAAAACGAAGUACACCCAGAGGCAACCACUAGUAGCCCUAAAGUAAAGGAUUUUGGACGCUACAAUAGAGGAGAGCGAGAAGGAAAUUUAACAGACAUGGAAAACUCUUUCCAUCCUCCUCAUGAGACUGUCUUGGGAAAACAAAGUGUCUUCAGUCAGAAUCUUCUUCAAAUUCGCUGUAAUACUGACUGCUACGGCGGUGAUUUCUAUCUACAAUAACUCUUGAAGAAUUUGAAUCAAUAUGAGUUACAACAUUUAAUUUACCCUUGGGAUCAAUAAAGUAUAUUUAUUUAUCUAAUAAAUCAUGUUAAUAGUUGCAGUCUAACCUUGAACAACAGAAACUAAUUAUUUUUUACGCUACUAGCUAAGCCAAGCUAACCAAAUGUUAGCAUUGAGGUCAAAACAUGUAACUGUAGUGUCUCAUUAACACCUUUAAAAGAUUUCCCUUUCAAAGUUAUCGGUGAAGGUCAUGCCUGUAACCCACUGACUCAAUGCUAAAAACAUGCAGCCCAGAUAUGAGGCAGGGACAGACAGGACUGGUGGACUGGCAUUUGUGAGUGGUGGAUUAACUGGGAUCAGAUACGCCCGUCUAAUCCCACAGGAAAAGACACAGUUGACCCAAAUUCACCUCUGACCCCACCAACAGGAAGUGAACAUCUCCAAUCAGAAUCCAGGAUUCUGUUUUUUAAAGCCAGACUUGGAUAGUUAGUCUCAAUUUUUUGUGGAUAUCACACAAGGUAAGCUUACUAUUAUUUGUCUAAGCUUCCAGAACUAGAUGUUGAACUCAUUUUAUAGUUUCUUGAUUUCCUGGUACAAGCUCUGCUCUUAUAAACUCUCCACUGAUUAAUAGUGUUGAUACUGUUUAACAUUUGCGUAAUUUAUGUAUUCCAAAACCAUCUGAAUAUGUUUUAGGAUCAUCAUCCUAUCAAUACUCAACUGCACUACUGUUUCAACCAUCUAGGAGUUGAUCUAAGGAAAAGUUGAACAAUUUUGAGGAAGUUGUUCUUUAUUAUACCAUCCAAUUUGUAAAAUCCACCAGCAAUGAAUGCAAACCGACUGAAAACAUGAGCACUGUGUCAAGAACAAUAAUAAACAAAGUAUUAUUCCAGUGCAAAAAGCACUUUCAAUCCAUAAAGAGCAAGGGUGAUUUUCCAUUAGUAUCAAUAGUUUUCACUCACCUCCUUGGAAUAUCAAAACCUAAUACCAUAACUAAUUCAAUUGAUUACCUUUG